CAUCGUUACAUCCCUACCGUGCAUGUAUAAAAAGAGGCGUCAUUAGUGAACCUGCAAGCACAGACCAGUAGAACACAGAAGAAGUGCACUGCCCAGCGUUCUUUGAGAAAAACAAGUGUGUCAUUUGGUGGGAAGGAUGAAGUGCGCGGCGGCGUUUCUGGUCCUGUUCAUGGUGGUCCUCAUGGCAGAGCCCGGAGAGUGUAUCUUUGGACUGAUAUUCCACGGCUUGAGUCACGCUGUAAACGCGAUCCAUAGGUUGAUCCACGGUCAUGGCAAGUUUGAAGAACAAGAGCAGCUGAACAAGCGCUCUGUUGAAUUCAUGCCAGGUUUUGACUGAAGCGUUUGCUUACAACUUUGUUUUUGGGGGCUAAAGAAAAAAGCUUUUCGUUCUUCUGAAUAAAUGAAUACUUAAAUCCUGUAAUUACAAACAAUGUAUUGGUUCAUGGAAUGCAAAAUAAAUCUGCAAUGUAUUUAA